AUGGAAACUGAAGUUGUCCACAAUAUCAAUACUAUUGGUGUUUCACUUCCUGUUGAAAACGUGCAAGAACUAACUUCCAAGAACUUGAAAGAAAUCCCACAUCGGUACAUCCGACCUGAACUCAUUACAGAUGAUGUUUCAGUCAACGAUUCAUCACAAAUUCCAGUCAUUGAUAUGAGCAAGCUUGUUGCUGGCAACACUGAAUAUCAAACUGAAAUGUCGAAACUCCAUCAGGGUUGCAAGGAUUGGGGAUUCUUUCAGUUGACUAAUCAUGGAGCAACAACCGAAAUCGAAAACAUGAAGGUGUCUGUUCAGGAAUUCUUUAAACUGCCAUUAGAAGAGAAGAUGAUCUAUGCACAACAGCCAGGUAGUCUUGAAGGAUAUGGUCAAGCAUUCGUUAUGUCGGAAGAACAAAAGCUCGACUGGAAUGACAUGCUCUGCAUAUUUUCAGCUCCAGAAUCUGGAAGGAAUAUGAGAUUCUGGCCUAACAAUCCUAAAACUUUCAGGUCAAGCUUAGCGGAAUAUUCACGCGAGUUGCACCGAAUCUGCAUCAGCCUUUGUGAAUUGAUUGCCAGAAAUCUCGGGGUGGAAUUUAAGCAAUUCGUGGACAUGUAUCUGGAAUGCGCACAACCAAUACGAAUGGCCUACUAUCCGCCUUGCUCCAAAGCUGACAAGGUUAUCGGUUUCUCUCCACACUCUGAUAGUUCUCUCCUAACCUUAUUGGUUCAAGUCAAUGAAGUUGAAGGUCUCCAAAUCCGCAAAAAUGGUAAAUGGAUACCAAUCAAACCUCUUCCUGGAGCCAUCAUUGUUAACAUUGGUGAUGCGAUGGAGAUAAUGACCAAUGGGGAGUAUAGAAGCAUUGAGCACAGAGCUAUGGUGAAUUCUCAGAAGGAAAGGAUAUCCAUUGCCGCGUUUCAUAAUCCAAGUAUAGCAUCAACAAUCGGUCCGCUACCAGAUCUGGUGAAAGAAAAUGGAGCCAAAUACAAGACAGUGAAGUUCGAGGAUUAUAUGAAACAGUUUCUUGGCAGCAGACUAGACGGCAAAAGCAUGCUUGAUGCUGUGAAAAUACACAACUGA